AUGUCCCGCAAUCGUUUUGAAUUACUGCUAUCAAACUUGCAUUUUGCUAACAAUGAAACGAUAGUACAAAAUAACAGACUUGGAAAAGUUUUACCACUUGUAGACAUAUUGAUGGUUAAUUAUCAGAAGGUUUUUUCUCCAGGCAAAGAAAUUUUUGUCGAUGAGACAAUGGUUCCGUGGAGGGGACGACUUGUAUUUCGGCAGUAUAUUCCAACAAAGUCACAUAAGUACGGUGUAAACCUGUUCAAACUGUGCUCCACCGAAGGAUACACAUGGUCUUCAAAAAUAUAUUCUGGACGAGAUACCAGCGGAAAAAGAAAAAUUAGCAUAGCAGAAAGUGUCUGCACUGAACUUGCAGACAAAUUAUUGAACGAAGGACGUACUUUAUUUGUCGAUAAUUUUUAUACUAGUUAUGAAUUAGCACUUAAAUUUUUAAAUUCUAAGACGCUUGUGAUUAGAACGGUAAGGUGUAAUAAAAAAAAUAUGCCAAGAUUUGUAAUGUCGUAUCCGUUGAAAAGAGGUGAAAUGGUGGCACGAGAAGAUCAUAAUGGUAUUGUAGUACUAAAAUGGAGAGAUGUUCGCGAUGUCAGAAUCUUAUCCACAAAACAUCCUCYCAUCAUGACUCGAAGCUCUGAUUCUAYAAAUCGCGGUCGUCCUUCGRAAAUGAAGCCUUUGGYGAUAAWAGAGUAYAAUAUURGUAAAAGUGGCAUCGACAGAAGYGACCAGAUKGUGUCAUAUGCAACAAACAUACGAAAAAGCAUCAAAUGGUAUCGCAAAUUAGCAAUAUAUUUACUUUUAGGGACAACGAUCGUAAACGCACAUAUAGUGUAUCAGAGAGCUACACAAAAAAAAAUAGAGAUAAGAAAAUUUCGUGAAUUUUUAGUCACAGAAUGGUUGUCCUCAAAAAAUACUGUGCCCAACACUAAUAAACACGAAAGAAGGAAUCUGUCUCACCACUUAGAGAUUCGCAAGAAUCAGCAGGGCAAGCCUAUCAAGAACGGCACGUGGUCGAGCAGCCGACCGCUCAUGCAGAGCCAGUUGCAGAACAGUGGAGACAUUAAACCAUGUUCUUCAGCAAUGCCACCGUAA